AUGCCCAUGAUCUCGCCGGUCUUGACCCCUUCACACCUCGGCGACAGACCCAGUCCCCCCCCAGAGAUCUCUGCAGAAGCCAGAAAACAGCUUCCGCUUCCUGACCAGUUGCCCUUGGUCAACUGUCUAGCCAGAGCAAGAAUCCCCACCACUCAGGGUCCUGAAAUCUUUUUGCACUUGUACGAAAACAACAUCGACAAGAAGGAGCACUUGGCCAUAGUGUUUGGUGAGGACGUGAGGUCCAAAUCGUUGUUUCGCCGCCGUGCUGGUGAAAGCCAGCAGGACCGCAUGACCCGAGGUGCAUACAUCGGAAAGCUCUUUCCAGGGCGUACGGAAGCAGACAAGGAUACCAAGCUCGGCAAGGAGCUCCGUUUUGACUCGAACGGAGAGCUCGUAAGAGACGCAGACACCACAUAUCAGGAAUCCACCUUGGUGAGAAUACAUUCGGAGUGCUACACUGGUGAGACCGCAUGGUCGGCCAGGUGUGACUGUGGGGAACAGUUCGACGAGGCCGGAAGAAUAAUGGGAGCCCUGGGCCAUGGAUGUAUUGUGUACUUACGUCAAGAAGGCAGAGGCAUUGGGUUGGGAGAAAAGCUCAAGGCCUACAACCUCCAAGACUUGGGGGCCGACACCGUGCAGGCGAACCUCUUGUUGCGCCAUCCUGCCGACGGCAGAAACUUCUCGUUGGCCACCGCAAUUUUGGUGGAUUUGGGGUUGACUGAGAUCAAGCUCCUCACCAACAAUCCUGACAAGAUCGUGGCGGUGGAAGGCAAGAACAGAGAGGUCACUGUGUUGGAGAGAGUGCCCAUGGUGCCUUUGGCGUGGGCCUCAGGCAAGGGGAUAAACUCCAAGGAGAUCGACGGGUAUUUGUCUACCAAGAUCGAGAGAAUGGGCCAUUUGUUGGAAAAGCCGAUAAAAAUCAACUAA